UGAGAACAACAUGCACCGCCCUGUUCGAAUUGUCAUUGAGGCCGAGCGUUCGACAACAGCGAAGGACUAACUUGAACAUCUGCGUUAGAAGAUUCAUCUGGACAGCUGCGGAAAGGCGAUCCUGCGUCAACUGUAAAAAGCAGUGUGACGACAGAAAGCGAAAUAAAACCUUGUGUGUCACGACACGGACACAUCUGACAUCCGAGAAUGAUGAUACAAUGUGAACUGCCGAGAGUAGCGAACAGUGAAACACCGCACUGACAAGUGCAGCUAGUGAACUUGGACGACGUACUGCCGGCUCUUCCGUUUCUUUCUUUCCCCCCAGCCGAGCCUGUGUCCAGCUUAUAUUAGUAUGUUUCCUCUGGACUCACCGUGGAACAUUUCGUUUGCGGGCUGUGGCUUUUUGGGCAUAUAUCACAUUGGUGUUGCCAGCUGCCUACGGGAACAUGCCCCCUUCCUAGUAGAAAAUGCCAGAAACAUCUACGGGGCCUCGGCAGGGGCGCUGACCGCUACUGCUCUGGUGAGCGGCGCUUGUUUGGGAGAGGCAGGGGCUAACAUCAUUGAAGUUUCCAAAGAGGCUCGCAAGCGCUUCCUGGGGCCUCUUCACCCUUCAUUCAACCUUGUGAAGAUAAUGAAGAACCACUUGUAUCAGACACUGCCAGAUGAUGCCCACAUACUAGCCAGUGGCCGUCUAGGCAUCUCUCUUACCCGUGUUUCAGAUGGAGAAAAUGUGAUGGUAUCCGAGUUUAACACCAAGGAAGAAUUAAUACAGGCCUGCGUGUGUAGUGCCUUUAUUCCUGUUUACUGUGGACUAAUCCCACCAUCACUUCAAGGAGUAAGAUAUGUCGAUGGUGGAAUUACUGAUAACCUGCCACAGUAUGAAAUGAAGAACACCAUUACUGUUUCUCCAUUCUCUGGGGAGAGCGACAUCUGCCCUCGAGACAGCUCAACUAAUAUCCAUGAACUGCGGGUUACAAAUACCAGCAUCCAGUUCAAUCUAACCAACCUAUACCGCUUAUCUAAGGCUCUGUUUCCUCCAGACCCUCAGGUAAUGAAAGCUAUGUGUCGACAAGGCUACAAGGAUGCCAUGUAUUUCAUUAAAAAAAAUGGACUUCUUCAAUUUAGACGACCACUCCAGAUUCCUGUUGCUGUUUCUGCUGAGAGAGAUGAAGAAGAAGGACAAGAUAUUGUUGAGGUCUUCACAGAAAACUCUGAUAUAGAAGAUCAUAUUUUUGAGCAUUUGCCACCAAGAUUGCAUAGAGCCCUGAUGGAAGCCUGCACAGAGAAGAGAAGUCUAUUCCGUUCCUUGUCAAAUCUUCUGCCAAUGCGUCUAGCCUCUGUAAUGAUGCUACCAUAUACUUUACCUUUAGAGUCAGCAAUCUCUUUUACUGUGAGGUUACUGGAAUGGCUGCCAGAUGUGCCAGAAGAUAUCGAGUGGAUAAAGGAUCAGACGCACAAAGUGUUGAGAUACCUCCUGUGCAGUGCCAAGAACAGAAUAAGCCAUCAUCUCUCUGGCAGGCUGUAUUACCACCUGGAGCUACGACGCACACAGUCCCUUCCUCUACCCAUAAGUCAUGCAUCAGGCCAGCUGUUCCGCAAAUGGGAGAAGAAUAGAUCCUCCUUCAUGGAUUUGAUACUCAAAGUAGACGAGUGCCAGCGGCAGUUACUACCAGGAUUUUUCUGCAUUAAUGUGGAUAUGCAGGCAUCACUGUAUCAUGAAACACUUGAGUUGAAACCAGAUGAAGGACUCAAAAUGAGAGAAGUAAAUAAACUACCAUCCCCAAUGGUAGAAAACCCAUCACUGUCAGAAACUGGGCCGUCUGAGACUUUGCUAGUAUGUGACAAUGUAACAGCCCAGUUUCAGACCUCAGAGGAUUAUAUCAACCAUUAGCACUGAAGAUGAAACUAUUUCCACAUUUUUCAUUAAAACUAACUGGUCUCUGCAAUCAUUAAACACUUACUGGAACAUCUCCAAUAAUGUUAAUGCUCCCCGUGGCCUUCAUAAUCUUUUGCUUUUAAAAGUUCUUGUAGUACUUUUAUGCACUUACAGUCAAAAUAUGUACACUGUCUACAAAGCACUUUGUGUUAUAUGUAGCAUUAUUAGUGUUACUGCAGUUAAAGUCAGUAUUAAAAAAAAUCAAAAAUCCUAAAACCACAGAGCAUGAUUACAGAUUGUUAUGAUUUGUCUCCUUUGGAUUCUGUUAGAGUUCCUUUUAGCAUCUUAUAGAGCACUGAUUCAGCUGUGUCAGAAAGGACAGUUCUCCUCUAAAUAGACAUUAUUUAAUAAAACCAAAUUAUACAUUGGACAUUUUGUGGCCUUACUUUGACUAAAGGGAUAUCUCCUUUCUGGCAUAACCUAAUUAGAAGCCAGUAGCCAGAGAGGUACAAACGUGCCUCAUGUUAAUUCAUGAAGACCUCAGUGAGCUUUUCUUUUCUAUUAAAUAAAUAACAAGUAUAGGUGUAUGCUACAUCAAAAUCAAGAGCAGUUACAGAUCAUUUAUGUUUAUAAUGUUUUACGAAUCUGUAAUUUUUAUGAACCAAACGGCACAGAGAUAUUUGUAAUCAAAAGGUUUUUAGAAAAGUAGGACAGAGGAGUGUACAGCAUGUGGUCAAAAAACUUGAGGCGAUUGUGUUGUAUAGAGAAGGUAUGUUUCCCAUCAGGUAAAUGAUUUCAUAGAAAGGCAUAUCAUUAUGCAAGUAAGAAAAGUAAUGGGCAAUAUGAAAGGAAGAGAUUGUUAAGGGUAACAGGGAUGGAAAAUGAUUUUGCUGUAUAAAAUAUAUUUGUUGUUUUGAAGAGAGAUGCUAGCUUAUUGCAUUGGGCAAUCCUCACUCCAUUUAUAUAAAAGGAUUGAUUGAUGCUUUUCUGCCUGAAGUAGAAGGCAGCACUGGGAAACCCGUGUGUAUGUAUGAGCUUGUACUCCGGUAGGAAUAGAUGAUGUGUUGAGGUAAGGGGAGAAGGGUGAGGUUUUGCCCUAGAAGUUACAGGUGCUUUUUUCAUUUUCAGUUUAAGUGUAUUGUCCACUAUGCAUUGGAUUUACUAACAUAAUAUGUAUUCAAACCACAUGGAAUAUUCCCCAAUGUACAUACAGGCUUGUGAAUUUAGUGAAUCGUAAAAAGUUUCGAACAGUUGGGAGCUGUAACUUUCCUUUUUAACAAACCAAAAUAUUGCAUUCUUAUAUCAUGGGGUUAGGGGUGCUUCAGAAGCUAUGUUUAAUUUUGCUUCCCACUGCUACGGACUUCGCCAAUAAUGGUUUUUGACCGAAAUUACCUCAGUAGCUAAACAGUAAAGAAAACAGAGAUCAUAUUCCAAAAUCAACUGCAUCAGAUCUUUGCAACAGGCAAUGCAUUUUUGUACUUGCACAUAAUUUGUAUCUAGUAUAGGUUUUGUGUUCUGCAAAGUUCAUGUUUAAAGUACAUGUUAUAUUUAGAUGAUUAAUCAUUUAUUUUGUUUAUGGAAAAAUCCAACCUGCACUUCUGUGGAGCUAAAAAUCCAAAGCUUCUUCAAAAUUUCCUUUGUUUUCUUGUUUUAUCAAUAGUAUUUAGCACUCUCCUUGCUUCUGUUGCCUUCAUUUGGAGGGACUAUUUUGGGGUGUUUUUCUGAAGCUAGUUUCUUAGCUUAAAACUGGGAAAUUCUACUAGAUGCAUAGUAUUACUUAUUAAUCUGUAUUAAAAAGAUUUGUCAAAGAAACCAUGGCAGAGAUUUUUAUGGACAAAUGCAAAAGGUCACCUUAGUUUGGUGGACGUCUUAGUGCAAUAAUCAUUUCUGUUUUAUUUGUGUGUGUGUGUAUAUAUAUCUGCACUGGUAGACAAAAUAUAUAUUUAAUCAAAAAGUCAUAACAGCUUUUGUGUUUUUUAUACUAUUUAUGUAUCUGUCUCUUGUUUUUUCCCUUUGUUCAACCUGCUUCAGUUGUAUCAUAAUGUUGAAUAUUACACUGUAUUUAUUUGAUCAGGUUUGAUUCCAAUACAGAAGAAAGUCCAUGCAUAAACAAAAAAGGAAGUUCAUGUAUAAAUAGUACUCCUUCAGAGGAGAUUGAUGCCAUGAUUAUAUCCAGGUGCUACCUACAUCUUGUGUGCAGAAGAAAUUAUAUCUAGGUUACAUGGUAAUAGUGAUCUACAUAUUUGGGAAAACAAUUUUAUAAAUGUUGAAUGAAUGUCAUGGGCUCAAAAUAUAAAAAUAACCUUCUCUGCUUGUAGGAUUUGCUUUGAAAAUGCAAACUAAUGAACCCUGCACUCUUCUCUCUUUUUCCAGCACACAUUGUUAGAGUAAUUGCACAAACAUGACAGUUGUUACGGAUAUAAAAGGAAAAUAUGCCACAAUGCAGAGGGGUUUUUAUUUUAAAGAGAAAAAGACUAGUAAAUGGAGGGCUUCUUUAAGUAUUUUUCAAAAGAAUACUCUGAGACCAAGCUGAAGUUAGUACAUAAAAUGUGAUCAUCGCAGCUUAACGCAGAAAACAAAUUCACCCCAAAGCUAGGAUAGUGACGGCUGGCUGUGUGCCUUGAGGAUUUCUAAUUCCAUGCCUAUGUGAUGUCACUAUUGAUGUCAUUAUUAUAAACAAUAUAGCUGUACUUGUAGGAACAUACUCAAAAUGACAUGGGUAACUGAGCAAACAGUAUAAAUAGUCAUUUGCAUAAAUGAGAAACAAUAUUAUUUAUAAUCCAUCUUUAUGCAAAUGCACUUAUGGCAACAGUACUGAGCCUAUUAGGAAUGUUUAUUUCCUUUGAAACAACAGAGGAUGAUAGUAAAUUUGUAAAAGAAUAUAUACAGUAUGUUCAGGUUAAAACUUUCAAAAGCCAUACCAUAUCAUUUCUACAGUAUUGUAAUUUGAGUUCAUGAGCUCAAUUUCUUUUAUGAUCACAAGAGGGCACCAGAGAGGCCCAAACCACACUCCCAGCAAUACACCACACGUUUAAUAGAAUAAAGAUUUUUAUUCUUCUCAUACGCACCUUUUCCCAAUCCUCUUGUGUAAUGAGCAAUCUUUAUAACAACAACAACAAUAAUAAUAAUAAGCCACCAACUAUACAAUAAAUGAUCUGGUGGGUCUUCUUAUCCUUCAUUCUUCUUCACCUCUGGUGAGCAUUGCCCGCUACCUCACAACUCCAAUUUGCCCAUCUGUGGCAGCGGGCUUCUUUUUAUGUUGGACACGGGAAUGCUUCCGGUAUCAUUAUGUCCCCUCUAGGAAACACUUCUAGGUCAUAGAAAAAGUAGAGUGGACUUCCCCCAUUAGUGCCUUCUACUAAUCCCAAGGGACUCCUACAGGGCUCCAUUUCCCUAGCACCCCUGCAGCUGUUCCGACUGGGCUCUUACACAAGUACUACUGCCACCUAGCGUUAAGGGAAUGGACCCACUCCCAAGCUCCAGUUUCCUCUUGUCCCUCCAUUAUUUUAUACCGGCUGGCCACGAUAUGAUCUUUCUGCCCAGUUGGCCAAUGACGUUUCUCUGUGGCCUCCGUCCAGGUAAUAAUCCAUGCUCUUCCUUGGCCGGGAUGCCUGUUCGCAUGUCACACUUUGUUAGAAUUCAGAUUUUGCCACUGUUUACAGAAGGUAAAUUGGAAACAUCUGGUAGUUUGCAUUCAUCUGCAACUGGGUAAGAGUGACCCAUAAAUUUAUCAGCUUCUACUUCCUUCCAGUGGUAGAAAAAAUUGUCUUAACAAUGGGUACUUUCUUCAAAGAAAACACAUUUGAUGUUCAGAUAUAUAUUUGAGUGCACUAUGAAAAUAAUCAAUUUUAAAAUGUGUGCCAAAGCCAGAAAGUUGUUAUUUACAGGUGUGU